AUGGCUGUGCGGAUCACCAAUUUCGUGAAAAAACUGUCAUACGCAUUGGAUCCAGAAGUACUAAGUCAGGAGACUUUACUGGAGUUACCGGUGCAAUUAGUAGGAUUCCCAUUCAUAAUAACGAGUGUGAAACUAACAAAUUUCUUGAAGAAACUUUCUUACUCUUUAAGUCCAGCUACAUAUCGGUCCCGGACGAGACGUGAACUGACCUUCGCGGGAGACUUGGCCGACCCGUUCGACGUGUCAGAAGUAGAGAAGUACAUAGUCGGGGAGUUCGGCACACGUGCAUGCGUUUUUGAGCGGGUGUGCGCACACUACGCAGCUAGAGCGAGGACCCAUCCAAAACCGCAGAUGGACUGGUCAGAUGUGUUCAGCCAGUACAAACGGUCGCCGGAACAAGCCAAGGAGUUCUACCUCCUCAGUGUUUUCUUAGGAGACAUCGUGGGAUCCCCACAAUUGUGUCAUCAAAUCGGCAAGAGAAGAGGCUGUGAUGAGGCUCAGUUACUUGUAGUUUGA